AUGGACAUUGCUGAGACAGAAGACAGGGUGACUGUGCUAAGAAAAGGUCUCGCGACAGUUGGCGAUGAAAUUACAAUGGCUGAAACCGAGACUGCUCCCCUGAACGUCUCUUUGUCAUUGUCCCCAACAGAACUAUUUUCCAAUCCGGGAGCAUCCAUAAACAAAAUAGCAAUUAACGCUACAAGCAACAACCCCCGCGUCGAAAACCAAAGGCGUGGCUCGUCAGCCUUUGCUUCCUUGAACGCCUCUUCUCUGUCGUCACCAGCAAAGCUAUUCCAGGACUCAUUAAACGAGGGUGCGGUGAUGAAAGCACAGCCCGCUCCCACUAAACGACCUUUGUCAGCCGAAGACCAAAGAGCUGAUAACGAUGUGGCUAUGACCGAGGGUGGCUGGGCUCCAAUAAUGAUGUUCAGGAAUUUCCCCUAUGAGCUCGAGACGGUGGCCGGUGACGAACAAGCUCCCUACAGCAUGCAAACUAGCGAUAAGGCCUAUCCAGGUUUAAUCGACGCGGUGGACAGGCUUCAUACGGAUGGAUACUUACAUUGGAACGACAGCUUUGCCGCUAAAGCUUUAAAAACUAUCCAAAAAUUAGAUAACUUCGCCCAGGGACUCGGCAUCCUUCGUUCUAUAUUAGCAAGCACGCAGCUGCGAGAAUUUCUCAGGAAGUGGUUUGCGCCAAACGAAAGACCGUACAUAAUAGGACAUUGCUUUUAUUAUAGCGAUAUUGGAACAGGGGGACUUUCAAUCUUUCUUCGACGUAACAUUGGUCAAAGCGAUCGUUUUUUGGAUUUACAUUUACUCACUGCGAAUGCAAGCGUCCGGUAUUUUGUCGGGUCCCAUGGAGUAGAUUGGACUCCGACAAAGGAGACGCUUCUGUUCAAAAAUAAUCAAUCGGCGCUUAAACAGUACCCAAAUAAACGAAUGUCAGAUAGUUUCUCCUCUAGCGCGCUAUUCGAUCCCAGUCUUAACCACCAAAUCGAAACUGGUGUAGCCCUAACUAUUAUAAUUGGCCUGCCACAAACGUUCGUGGGGUUUCCGCAGUUAAAGCUGAAUAAUCCAUAUGUAAAAGGAAUUGUCGAGGCGAUGAGAAAGGAUAUUAAGAUUGGCUGGAACUUGGAAAUGGAAUCCGAUCCCAAAAACACUGUUAAAUGUCUGAGAUCCGACUCAAGUUAG